UCUUCCCGCCUUCAAAAUCGUAGGGAUCUCCUAUUGACUGGUUCUCAUCCGAUCCGUGUUUGUGUUUCUGAAGACGCUCGGCAAUACAUUCUGGAUUUUCCACUGAUCCACGAUCUUCUCUACGUUUAAGCUUAAUUCAUCCCAAUUAUCCCUCACUGAUUACUCCAGGUAUUGGAAGUCGGUGGUGAUGGAGAAAGCAGAUACUGCUAAAAAACUAUACACACGGAUGCGACUUUGGGAUUUCCCAGACCAAUAUAUUAUUGAGCCUACUGAUGGUUCUGGUGGUUCUAUUUUGCAAGUUAGUAGGGUGGAUGGGUCUAUGAAACUCAUUGAUCAAGUUCCACAAUGCAGUUCAGUUCGAGGGCCAGAUAUUCAGACAAUAUAUGGUGUGGCUGGGAUGCUAAAGCUUUUAGCAGGGUCAUACUUGUUAGUCAUAAAGGAACGUGAAUGUGUUGGAUCAUACCUGGGGCAUCCAAUGUUCAAAGUUACAUCCUUGAAGGUGUUACCCUGUGACCAUUCCCUUAAGAACUCUCCUGUGGAACAGAAAAAGAUGGAGACUGAAUUUUCUAAGUUGCUAAGUGUUGCUGAAUUGUCUCCUGGUCUAUUCUUCUCUUACGAUGUCAACACAACCCUGAGUUUGCAGCGCUUGCAUAAUCUAGGUGAUGAAUCGAAGCUGCUUCCUUUCUGGAGACAGGCAGAUCCCAGAUUUCUAUGGAACAACUACAUGUUGGAGGUUCUCAUAGAUCAAAAGCUUGAUCCCUAUUUGCUCCCUCUCAUCCAAGGCAGUUUUCAGAACUUUCAAGCAGCUAUUGGUAAAGAUAUCAUUGAUGUUACUCUUAUUGCACGACGAUGUACAAGAAGAAUUGGCACUAGGUUGUGGAGAAGAGGUGCUGAUCCUGAUGGGUAUGUAGCUAAUUUUGUGGAGUCCGAGCAAAUCAUGCAGUUGAAUGGAUCUACAGCAUCAUUUGUGCAGAUUCGAGGUUCAAUACCACUGCUUUGGGAACAAACUGUUGAUUUGACUUACAAACCUAAAUUUGAGUUAGUGAGAUUUGAAGAUGCACCGCGAGUGAUUGAAAGGCACAUUUUGGAUUUAAGAAAAAAGUAUGGAAAUGUUUUGGCUGUUGAUCUUGUGAAUAAGCAUGGUGCUGAGGGGCGUUUGAGUGAAAAAUUUGCCAGUGCUAUGCAGCAUGUUGCAAGUGAUGAUGUGAGAUAUUUGCACUUCGAUUUUCAUCAUGUCUGUGGACAUGUGCACUUUGAGCGUCUCUCUAUCUUGUAUGACCAAAUUGAGGACUUUCUCGUAAAAAACAGGUACCUUCUAUUGAAUGAAAAAGGUGAGAAAGCAGAGGAACAACUUGGAGUUGUGAGGACCAAUUGUAUCGAUUGCUUAGACCGCACAAAUGUUUCACAAAGCAUGAUCGGUCGGAAAAUGUUGGAAUUUCAACUUAGAAGAAUAGGUGUCUUUGAUGCUGAAGAAACUAUUGCUACACAUCCAAAUUUUGAUGGAAAUUUCAAGAACUUAUGGGCCAACCACGGGGAUGAUAUAAGCAUCCAGUAUUCUGGUACUCCUGCUUUAAAAGGAGAUUUUGUUAGAUGCGGAAAACGUACAGUUCAAGGAAUAUUUAAUGAUGGGUGGAAUGCCCUUGCUCGUUACUAUCUCAAUAACUUUCGUGAUGGAACAAAACAGGAUGCAAUUGAUCUCCUGCAAGGACACUACAUUGUAUCUGUUUCGCGAGAUGCGAACCCUUUACCUCAGAAGGGAGGUGUGGAAGCUAUAGCUUCGUUUCCACUAGCGCUAUCGCUGAUCAUGAUCGGUUUCUUCUUUGCAAUAUUGUCAUUGGGGCAAGUUAGGAAUGAUAUCAGGCACUUGUUCUUUUCAACCAUGUGGGCGGGGAUGAGUGUGGCAGUGGCAGCAUAUGUUAAGGCUAAUGGUCGCAUUUUCUGUAACCGCCCUCGUUUGCAGAGACCUUCUCGUUAAAUCCUGCUGCUGCUGGUUUUGGGUUAAUAUUCCUACUGAUGCUGAUAAUUAUUUUCAUUCUUUUUAUUAACCUAUUAUUAUUAUUAUUAUUAUUAUUCAUCAGUCUCCACCGGCUUUUACUUUUAAAACAUGAAUCUAUAUUUUGUGUGUAAAUUAUAUACUACUGGAUUACUACUUGUAUCCAGAGGUCGGAUUUAAGAUGUCAUUAAAUUUAUGAAUGUGUGUCAGAUAAUUUGAAUCCA